AUGGCCCAGAACACUGUCAGUAGGCGCGACCGCGAAGACCACUUUCGCUUCCUGGAUCUACCAGCAGAGUUGCGCAAUCUCAUCUAUGACUUCGCUGCUGAGACCGAAGCCGACCAACCUCGCUGCGUACUGCCGUGUCUUGCGCUUGCGCAGAGCUGUCAACAACUUCGUACCGAGUAUCGAUCUAUCUGCCUGAAGCGAGACAUCGUCAUCGAUUGGAAGGCGGUUACCGGUUACAUGCGCACCUUCUUCCCCACCGUCAACGGCAAGAUCGAGAAUGUUGAGCUUGCACCGGCGAACAUGACCAUAGUCACUCCAUGGCGCGGCAAAGAGGUGGACUACGAUUAUGAGCUUGACAUCUUACCGCUUUUCAAGAUUGGUCUUUACCGGCCAAACUUCACUUGUCACUUAGUUCAUGACCCGGCUAGCCUGCGAAUCUACGGGGAUCAAAUGAAACUUCAAGGUCGAUAUAAGUUUGGGGCCUGGAUCGAUGAAGACACUAUAGCUCUUAAGAAGGUCAUGCGCAAUCGGGACCCACAGUGGCUUUCCGAUAUCAAUACCGGUGCGAUUACCAAGGUCACGGUUUCCAAUAUGGGUUUUAUCGAUCCACGGGCAACGUUUUACUUGACAUCUCAGUCACUAUAUUCGAAAUUGCUCGAUGAGGAAUUAGACGAAUUGGGAGAAACUUACUUUAAGAGAAAUGGCAUUAGCUCGGCUUGGGGGCAUUUCCCGGAGUUUCCUCAAAUAAGGUUCGAGGCAUGA